AUGAUGAGCAGCUGGCUGCUGCUCCUCGCUGCCCUCACUGUGUUUCUGGGCCCCAAAGCCACCACGGCGCAGAAGAGGAGCCAAGCGGUGUGUGAGGACGUGCUGGAGGCCGACAUCGCCUUCCUGGUGGACGGCUCGUCCAGCAUUGGCAGGAACAACUUCCGUGCCAUCCGUACCUUCAUGGAUGAGCUGGUGGGGCCCUUCGUGCAGGCAGUGGGUGAGAAGGCCGUGCGCUUCGCCGUGGCGCAGUACAGCGAUGAGCCGCGAGUGGAGUUCUCCUUCUCCCAGUACACUGACGGCAUGAGUGUCCGGAGGGCCAUCCAGCAGCUGAGCUACAAGGGAGGCAACACUCGGACCGGUGCUGGUUUCCGUUACAUUGCUGACAACUUUUUUGGCCCCACACAACUUCGACCUGGGGUCCCCCGGAUCUGCAUCCUCAUCACGGAUGGCAAGUCCCAGGAUGAUGCUGAGGGGCCGGCAGCAAAGCUGAAGAGUCAGGGCAUCAAGAUCUUCUCUGUGGGAGUCAAGAACGCUGACCACAAGGAGCUGAUUCGUGUGGCCUCAAUGCCCACCGAUGCUUUCUUCUUCUACGUUGGUGACUUCAAGCUGCUGGGGACACUGGUGCCACUGAUGACACGCAGGGUGUGCACAAGCGUCGGGGGUACCCUGCGCCCACUGGAUGGGCCAAGCCACGCUGGCCCUUCCAACCUGGAGAUCCUGGAGCAGGGCCUCAACCAGCUGCGGAUCCGCUGGACGGCAGCCAGCGGCCCUGUCACUGGCUACCGGCUGCAGCAUGUGCCGCUGACGGGGCUGGGGCAGCCAGUCGUGGCAGAGAGGCAAGAGGUAAGCCUGGGGCCACGGGAGACCAGCGCUGUGCUGCGGGGGCUGCGCACGGGGACAGAGUACCUGGUCACUGUCACUGCCCAGUACGCCAACAGCAUCGGCGAGUCUGUGUCCAGCCGAGCGCGCACCCAAAGCCGCACCAGCUCCGUGCUGGAUUUCCGUGUGGUGGAAGCUGGACCAACCUUCCUACGGCUGGCCUGGCAGCCGGGACCUGAGACCCCCCAGGGCUAUGGCCUCAGCUACGCUGUGAAAGGAGCAGCCCAGGGGGAGGAGAAGAGCCUGGGGGCCAGUGCUCAGUCGGCCACUCUCAGCAACCUGCGCCCUGACACAGAGUACACGGUGAUGCUCCGACCCUUAUACACGCAGCAGCAGCCUGCUGUCCCUGUCACCCUCACCGCCAGGACACGUGAGUACUGCACCCAGCCCUGGGCACAGCCAGGGCGUCCUGUGGGUGUGCAGCACCUGGCUGUCCACAACGUCUCAGCACAGAGCAUGCUGCUGGCCUGGCAGCCUGUCGGUGGUGCCAGUGGCUACCGGCUCUCCUGGGAAACCCUCACAGGGCAGGACAGGCACAGGGUGGACCUGGAUGCUGGGAGGACUUCACACACACUGGGGGGGCUGCAGCCCAACACUGACUACGUGGUGACGGUGGCCCCGCUCUUUGAGCAGCUGGAGGGGCCCGUGGCCACUGUCCGGCAAAGGACGGAGGCAGCUGUGGAGCAGACACUGCGGACCAACAUCCUAGGCCCCACGUCCAUCCAGGUGCUCUGGACCAGCACUCGUGAUGCCCGUGGCUACCGCCUGGAGUGGAAGAGAGCCACAGGACCAGAGCCCCCCAGGACAGUGUCACUCCCCAGCAGUGCCAACACCUACCAGCUGACAGGGCUGCAGCCGGGCACCGAGUACCGCAUCACCCUCUACACUCUCUACGAUGGUGGGGAGGUGGCCACCCCUGUCACCACCUUCCAGACAGGUGUGGAUGUGCCCGUGGGCACCGUGUCAGACCUGCGGUUUGUUGAGGAGUUGGGCAGGCAGGUGCGGCUGGUCUGGACUGGUGUCCUUGGUGCCACUGAGUACAAAGUGGUGGUGCGCAACAACCAGGAUGGUACAGAGAGGACAAGACGUGUCCCGGCCAGGCAGACGUGGCUGGAGCUGGGUGACCUCCAGGAGGGUAUCACCUACCUGGUGCGUGUCUCGGCACUAGUGGGUGGCCGGGAGGGCGGUGCUGCCACGCUCACUCUCCGCCUCAAGUACCCAGUGGUAGGCAGCAUCUCAGAGCUGCGGGUGACGGAGGCCGGUCCCAGCCAGCUACGGGUCACCUGGCGAGGGCUGCCAGGCGCCGGGAGGUACCUGCUGACAUGGCGAGGCAGCAAUGCCAACCUCACUGCCUUCACCAUCGAGGGGCUGCGUGCUGGCAUCCUCUACACCAUCGGUGUCUCAGCCAUUGUGGAUGGCCGCGAGGGCAGCCCCGUCACCGCCACAGGGCGGAUAGGACAGCAGGUGGGAAUGGUGUCCCAGCUGGAGGUGCAGGCAUCCAGGAACAACGUUGCCCGCAUCACCUGGGUUGGCGUGCCGGGAGCCACUGCCUACCGCGUGGUGUGGAGCCGCAGGGACGGAGGCACAGAGAGUAGCCAACGGGUUCCUGGCCACACCAGCUCCUUUGACAUCCCUGACCUGGAGGGAGGCGCCUCCUACACCGUGAAGGUGACAGCACUCAUUGGCAACCGGGAAGGCAACCCUGUCUCUAUUGUUGUCACCACUCCAGAGGCAGCCCUGCUGCCCCCAGUCAGCAGCUUCCAGGUGACAGAGGCUUCAGAGCACCACCUGCGCCUGGCCUGGGUGCCGGCAGCUGGCAGCACCGGGUACCGUCUGGUCUGGCGCCUGGCUGAGGGGGGUCACCAGCACAGCCAGCAGCUCCCAGCCACUGUCAGCUCCUAUGACCUGGCUGGACUGGAGCCGGGCCGGCGCUACCACAUCAGCAUCACUAGCCUGGCUGGUGGCCGGGAGAGCAAGCCAGCCACCAUCACUGCCAUCACUGCUGCCCAAGCCCGCGUCACCAGCUUGCGGGUGACAGAGGUGCGGAGAGACUCGGUGACGCUCACCUGGACCCCUGUCCCUGGCGUCUCCAGCUAUGUCCUUUCCUGGAGUCCCCCUGCAGCUGGGGGGGAGACGGGACGGACAGUGCCCGGUGCUGCCAGCUCCCUGCAGGUCUCUGGGCUGCGCCUGGGCCAGCGCUACACCUUCACCCUCCGCCCGCUCCUGGGGAGCACGCCGGGUGCAGAGACCUCGGUCAGCGAGCGCACGGUCUGCAGGGAUGCCCGCGGUGACAUCGUCUUCCUGGUGCACGGCACCCGCGACAGCUCCGCAGGCGCUGAUGCUGUCCGCACCCUCCUCUCCAACACCGUGUCUGCCCUGGGGCGCCUCGGCCCUGAAGGCACCCAGGUGGCCCUGGCUACUUACAGCUACCGCAGCCUGCCCUGGCUGCUCCUCAACCGCUCCAGCGACCUGCCCGCCGUGCUGGAGCAGAUCCGCACCAUGCGCUACGAGGAGCCCAGCGGCAAUGCCAUCGGGGCAGCCAUCACCUUCGCCAGGACCUACCUGCUGAGCCCUGGUGCAGGACGCCGGCCCAGCGUGCCAGCGGUGCUGGUGGUCCUGGCCGACAGCCCCUCCGGGGAUGAUGUCAUUGCUGCAGCCAGGGAUGUCAAGGCUGGGGGAGUCCGGGUGCUGGCAGUGGGCUUGGAGGGGGCAGACCGGGAGCAGCUCCAGCGCGUGGUCACUGGUGAGGACCCACGGUACAUCUACCACGGUGGUGGCACCCUGGCUGAGCUGGAGGGAGAGCUCACUGACGACCUCUGCACCAUCAUCUCCACCAGGCCAGAGCCAGAGCCAAAGCCGAAGCCCUGCACUGUGCAGUGCCCCAAGGGUGAGAAGGGGGACCGUGGUGAGACGGGUCGCCAUGGGCUGCCUGGCCCUCCGGGACACCCGGGGCCACAGGGUCUGCCAGGAGAGAUUGUUGAGCGGCCUGGCAAGAAGGGGGACAGGGGGCCACAAGGACAGACAGGGCUUUCUGGCCCAAAGGGGGAGAAGGGCGAGCCGGGAGAGCCCAGGGUGAUCAUAGAUGGAGAACAGGGAAUUCCAGGCAGGAAAGGGGAGCCAGGUGUGCCGGGCAGCCCCGGCAUCCCUGGGACUCCUGGCCCACGGGGACCUUUUGGAGAUGCAGGCCCCCCCGGUCCCAUGGGGCCACCAGGACCUCCAGGAGAGUUUGUGAAGGGGGAAAAAGGUGACCGAGGGGAGAGGGGCCCCCCUGGACUGGUGGAUGGAGCAGUGCCUCGAGGGGAGCCUGGCCCACCGGGCCUGCCUGGGGACCCUGGGCCUCGGGGACCUGCUGGACCCCCAGGCCUGAAGGGAGAGAAGGGUGAUAGCAAAGAAGGUUUCCCAGGGCCACCUGGCCGUCCCGGGGACCCAGGAGACCGGGGUCCUCGAGGACUACCAGGGGAGCAGGGAAGGAAGGGAGACCGUGGGACGCCAGGCGAGCUGGGAGAGAUGGGCGAGAAGGGGGACCGUGGCAUGCCUGGCCCUGAGGGCGAGAAGGGUGAAGCAGGAGCUGCAGGGCGCCCGGGGCCAUCGGGCAGAGAGGGAGCUCCAGGACCAGCUGGCCCCCGGGGCGAAAAGGGUGAACCAGGAGCACCAGGCAAGCCGGCUCCCAUUGUGAACGGUGUCGGAGAGAAGGGUGUCCCUGGACUGAGCAUCCCAGGGCCAGCUGGCCCCAAAGGCGAGCAGGGCGAUCGGGGUAUCGUUGGCCUCACGGGAAGGAGCGGCCCAAAGGGUGACCCGGGAGAGCCAGGGGAGAAGGGCGAGCCAGGCCGAGUGGGCACCCCGGGGCAGACUGGGCUGCGUGGCAAGGAGGGAGAGCGUGGAGAGAAGGGUGACGAAGGCACCCCGGGUGAAGCAGGUCCACCUGGCAAACCCGGAGACAGAGGUCCCCGGGGCCUCCCUGGCUACCGUGGCCCCCCCGGGGAGAAGGGUGACUCAGGGGACCCAGGUCCUGAAGGCAGGAAUGGCAGCCCUGGAGCACCAGGCAGCAAGGGUGACCGUGGGGAGCCGGGGCUUCCUGGACCCCCAGGACGAACCGUUGACAUGGGGCUUGGAGGAGCAGGGGAGAAGGGUGAGAAGGGGGACCCUGGGGACCCUGGUGAGGAUGGCAUGAAGGGCAGCCGGGGUGAUGCUGGCUCCCCUGGCCUGCCCGGAGAGAGGGGUGUGGAGGGUCCUCGUGGCCCCCCUGGUGCACGGGGUGACCCCGGGGACCGAGGCCUGCCAGGAGAGAAGGGGGACCGUGGCCCACCAGGGCUGGAUGGACGCAAUGGGCUGGAAGGCAAAUCUGGGCCCCCAGGUCCUUCUGGGCUGCGGGGGGACCCAGGGAAGCAGGGGGACCCUGGCCGGGAUGGCAUUCCUGGGCUACGUGGGGAGCAGGGACUGCCUGGCCCUGUGGGCCCCCUGGGACCCCCUGGCAUCCCUGGCAAACCUGGCAAUGACGGCAAACCUGGCCUCAGCGGCAAGAAUGGAGAAGAUGGGACACCAGGAGAGGAUGGGAGAAAGGGAGACAAAGGUGACACAGGACCCCCCGGCAGAGAGGGCCGCAGCGGUCCCAAGGGUGAGCAGGGGGACAGAGGUGUGCCCGGCCCCCUCGGCCCCCCUGGUCUCCCCGGUGUCCCAGGGCAGGUUGGCCCUCCUGGACAGGGUUUACCAGGUCUCCGUGGGGUGGCUGGACCAAAGGGGGACCCAGGGGAGCCUGGACUGCAAGGGGAGCCGGGACGACCUGGCAAUCCUGGAGCACGCGGAGACCCUGGGACUGCAGUGAACAUUGAACGUAGCCUGGAAGCACUUGGCAUCAAGGUUUCAUCCCUGAAGGAGCUCACGGGUGCCUACGAUGGCAGCUCGGACUCGUUUCUGCCGGUGUCCGAGCGGCUGCGGGGCCAGAAGGGCAGCCGGGGGGAGCCGGGAGAGAGGGGCCCUCCAGGCCGCGAGGGCUCCUUAGGCUUCCCUGGUGAGCGAGGACCCAAAGGUGACAAGGGGGACCCAGGUGCCCCUGGCCCCCAGGGCCCCACGGGCCGCGCUGUGGGUGAGCGGGGUCCCGAGGGGCUGCCCGGGCAGCCGGGGGAGCCUGGCAAGCCGGGGAUCCCCGGGGUGCCGGGCCGGGCCGGGGAGCUGGGGGAGGCUGGGCGGCCCGGAGAGAAGGGUGAUCGGGGUGAGAAAGGUGACAAAGGCGAGCAGGGCAGGGAUGGCUUGCCCGGCCCCCCGGGGCCCAAGGUAGAUGUGGUGGAGGGCAGCCUGAUGGGCUUGCCAGGUGAGCGUGGCCCCACUGGACCCAAGGGAGCAAAGGGUGAUCCAGGAGCUGAGGGCGAGCGGGGACCCAAAGGAGAUAAGGGUGAGGGUGGCCUGCGGGGCGAGAGAGGGGAGCCCGGUGAGAAGGGCAGGGACGGCGCCCCGGGCCUCCCGGGUGAGCGGGGGCUGGCUGGCCCUGAGGGAAAGCCGGUGAGUGGGGACAUGGGCUUGCCAGGCUUCCCCGGCGUGCUGGGACGCCCGGGCAGCACUGGCCCACCAGGGGCCCAGGGCCCAGCUGGAACCAAGGGUGAUCCAGGGGAACCUGGCUCCGGCAUACGGGGCUUGCCUGGUCCCCAGGGUGGUAUAGGGCUGCCUGGCCCCCCUGGCCCCCCUGGCCCAGGGGGCCCACCAGGUGUCCCUGGGCUACCAGGACAAGUGGGGGAGAGUGGGAAGCCGGGUGUGCCAGGCAGGGACGGUGUGCCAGGGAAGAACGGCGAGGCAGGGAUGCCUGGGAAGAUGGGUGUGCCAGGACUGUCAGGACCUGCUGGACCCAAGGGAGAGCCAGGGGAUGCUGGACCCCCAGGGCAGGCUGUCACUGGUCCUCCUGGUGCGAAAGGCGAGAAGGGUGAGCCGGCGCUGCCAGAGGGUGUGCUGCUGGGAGAACCCGGCUCCAAGGGUGACAGAGGCUUGCCUGGCCCUAAGGGCGAGAAGGGGGAGCCAGGAAGAUAUGGGGAGCCAGGAGAUCCUGGGGAAGAUGGAGCCAAGGGAUCCUCUGGAGCCAAAGGGGAGAAGGGAUCACCAGGUGUUGGUGUGCAGGGACCACCAGGACAGAACGGGCCUCCGGGCUUGAAGGGUGACAUUGGCUUGCCAGGACCACCAGGACCCCCAGGCUUAGCAGGCAUUGCUGGGACACCAGGACAGCCUGGUCUGAGAGGGGACAAUGGACAGCCUGGCCCUCCAGGUCCCCCAGGAGAGAGGGGCAUACAAGGGGCCUCUGGCCUGAAGGGUGACAAGGGUGCCCCAGGGGCUGGGCUGCCGGGAGCCAGAGGCGAGCGUGGAGACCCGGGCCCGAGGGGUGAAGAUGGGCGCCCAGGGCCAGGAGGGGAUCGUGGGCCGGCGGGUUUGCCUGGGAACCGGGGAGAGCGUGGGGACAAGGGAGACACUGGGGCUCCAGGGCCCAAAGGAGACAAGGGUGAUACCGUGGUGGUGGAAGGUCCUGCUGGAGCACGGGGCAGCAAGGGGGAGCCGGGAGAGCGUGGCCUGAAGGGCAUGGAAGGGGACAAGGGGAACAAAGGGGAGCAAGGCAUGCCUGGAGAGAAGGGGGCAAGAGGCGAGCAAGGUGAGAAGGGCUCCACAGGCUUCCCCGGGGCACGUGGACCUGGUGGGCAGAAGGGAGAGGUUGGAGUGCCAGGAGAGCCUGGUGAGCCGGGCCAGCCCGGCCGCAGUGGGAUCCCUGGAGCCCGGGGAGAGAAAGGGGACAUGGGACCCCUGGGCAUGCGUGGCCCCAAGGGUGACCGGGGCAUGAAAGGUGCCUGUGGCCUUGAUGGUGACAAGGGUGAGAAGGGAGAGCCAGGCAUUCCGGGGCGCUCGGGGCUGCCAGGGAGGAAAGGUGAGCAGGGAGAGCUGGGUCUAUCAGGACCACCGGGCAUCCCUGGGAAGGAGGGGCUCAUGGGACCCAAGGGCGACCGGGGAUUCGAUGGGCAGCAGGGAGCCAAAGGAGACCAGGGGGAGAAAGGAGACCGGGGCAUGCCAGGCAUUAUCGGUGUCCCUGGUCCCCGAGGCAAUGAUGGUACUCCUGGCCCCCCUGGCCCCCCAGGGAAUGUUGGCCCCCGAGGUCCUGAGGGCAUGCAGGGCCAGAAGGGGGAGAGAGGCCCCCCAGGACAGUCGGUGCCGGGGGCCCCCGGCAUUCCUGGCAUCCCUGGUGAGAGAGGAGAGCAGGGCCGUCCUGGCAUCCAGGGACUCCGUGGGGAGAAGGGGGAGCCAGGCCUGACGGAGGAGGAGAUCCGUGCCUUCGUCAGGCAGGAGAUGAACCAGCACUGUGCCUGUGGCGGCCACUUCCCACAGCGCCUGGAUUCACGGCUCUUCACCACCCAGCCAUUCCCUGCUGGAAGUGCUCAGGCAGUCCCUGUGCUCAAGUUGUCGCACAAUGAAGAAGAGGAGGGGGAGGACAGGCAGGUCAUGCUUGACACCGAUGACCUCGAGUACGACAGUGUGUAUGAGGAGGAAGACUACGAUGAGGUCCCAGAGAUGGACAGCUCGGAGCAGUCUGCGAUGGGCGCGGAGCCCUGCAUCCUGCCGCUGGACGAGGGGGACUGCCAGCGCUACACCCUGCGCUGGUACUACAACCAAAGAGUCACCGAGUGCCGGCCCUUCGUCUACAGCGGCUGCCGGGGCAACCUCAACCGCUUCGACAGCAAGGAGCAGUGCGAGCUGCACUGCGGGCAGCGCCCGGGGGCAGGUGCCCCCGGUGUCUCCAGCAGCAAGGAGGGAGGGCAGCCCAAGGUGUAG